AUGUCUCCCUAUACCUCUCACACUGCUCGAAGGACUCCGAUACCAUUUGAUCGCGGAGUAAACUUUGCCUACGACCGGGACAAAGUCACACAAGGCGUAGUGAGCAACCAAGUCCGCCGAUGGCCGCCAGCUUCAAAUGCCACUGGUGCGGAAGUGACUAAAGACGACUGGAUAAAAGAAAUAGCCAAGGAACAGGAUAACGAUCUAAUUACGACCAUGUGCAGGAGAGUCGUCGAACGCAAAACUGAGGACAACUGGAAAUGGCGCGAUGAUCGUGGAUAUCUCCUGGACGAAAGGAAUCAGCGAUCAUGGAAGGGAGAAUGGCAUCAGCUGAGCUUGACCAGAGUUGAUUGUUACAAGCGAAACGAAAUUACUAAUUUCUUAAUUUCAUGGGGAACUGGAUACGGUGCUUCGCGAUGGUCCAGGAGAAGCAAGGCAUUGGAGCCGCAGAGUAGAAGUUCUCCCAUCAGUAAGCUGUGUAAUGAUAGUGAUACUCGCUUCCAAGAUGUCAGCAGGCAGUACAACCGUGACUAUGUAGUCGAGGCCAAGCAUCGUCCGUAA